GAUGGAGAUCAUGCAGUUGCUCGUCUCCACGCUCCUGCUCAUGUCAUCAGGGCUCGCCCUGACCCAGGCCCAGGUCCAAUUCACCGGCAACAACACUGCAUCGGGCACGCCGGGUGGCGUGCGGUUCGAACGCGAGAUCGGCUUACAGUACAGCCUGAAGGUCCUCUCAGAUGCCACCAACUUCAUCUGGCAGACUUUCAGGCAAGGCACCGGUGACCGGAAGCCGGUGAACUCGGUGGGCCUAUUCGUCGAUGAUAUCGGCGGCGUAGCCUUCACAUCCGGCAACCAAAUCCACUUGAGCGCUCGCUACAUCGCCGCUUACAGCGGCGAUGUGAGGAGGGAGAUAACGGGGGUCCUGUACCACGAGCCCACGCACGUCUGGCAGUGGGACGGCAAGGGGCAGGCGCCGGGAUGGGUGAUCGAGGGCGUGGCCGACUACGUCCGGCUGAAGGCGGGUUUCGUGCCUCCUCAGUGGGUGAAGCCCGGCGAGGGAAACAACUGGGACGAAAGAUCUGACGUAACAGCUCGAUUCUUUGACUACUGCAAUGGAUUGAAGGAUGGGUUCGUAGCUGAGCUGAACGGGAAGAUGAAGGACGGCUACAACGGUCGGUUCUUUGCGGACAUCUUGGGAAAAUCUCUGAACCAGCUGUGGAGCGACUACAAAGCUGCGCCCAGGAAUUGAUUUCUUCGGCUUUGCUUGAAUGGACCUGCCCUGGUUGAGUUCAGUCGAGCUAUCAGUUAGUUUAGAAGCAUCAAUAAUGGAGUUUGUGCAGUGAUAAAAAAUGGAAGAAGGUGACCGUCUAUCAGUCUAUGUAACUCUCUUGCAGCUUUCUGCUUUGUUACUUGUUAGCUAGGAAGUGACUUAGGCCAAGGAAAUAAAU